CCGCUUUACUCUGCACUCCGCAUUGAUGCUCAAUCACCGACCGUGAAAGUGGCAAAUAGCGCGUAGUACGAAGUACCUACAUGCCCUGAAGCCGCAGUCUGUGCCCUCGUCCUCCAUCAACUUGAACUUGUGGCCUUGUCAACUUCGUAAUUGAGCACACUGUCCCUUGAUGUGGCGGUGACACAAGCUGGUUUUUGCUGGAAGGGCAGCUCGAGAAAGGACGGACAGAUCCUCGAGUGCAGAGGCCCUCCAUGGCCGACUUCAGCUUCAGUGACGAUCACGAGCUGCAGAAUCUGAAUGCACAGGUGUUGACGGAUCCCGAAGAAUUCGAGCACUGGGAAAAGCUGGUGCGUGCCGCUGAGGCGCAAGAAGGAGGUCUAAACAGAAACUCCAGCCCACAGGCCAUCGCCGCCACGCGGGACGUCUACGACCGGUUUCUGGCACACUUUCCGUUGUUCUUCGGGUACUGGAAGAAGUAUGCCGACAUCGAGUUCUCCAUCGCCGGCACCGAGGCAGCCGAGAUGGUGUACGAGCGUGGCAUCGCCAGCAUCAGCACUUCGGUUGACCUCUGGGCCAACUAUUGCGGCUUCAAAGCAGAGACCAACCAUGACAUUGAUAUGAUCAGAGAACUUUUCGAACGCGGGGCUGACAGUGUUGGCCUGGACUUCCUUGCGGCACCCUUUUGGGACAAAUACCUCGAGUUUGAGGAGCGGCUAGAGGCACACGACCGGAUGUUCGCCAUACUCGAACGCAUCGUCGUCAUACCGAUGCAUGCCUAUGCAAGAUACUUUGAGCGGUAUCGCGCCCUGGCACGUCAGCAGCCGAUACAGAGGCUCGCACCACAAGAUGUCACAGAGCGGCUUAGAAGCAACGUUGCGCGCGAAGCAGGAUCAAAGUUACGGAACACUGCCGAAACAGAGCGCGAGCUGCGUUCACAGCUUGACGCUUACCACAUGGAACUCUUUCAACGUACUCAGGACGAAACAACGAAGCGCUGGACAUUUGAGCAGGAAGUGAAGCGACCAUACUUUCACGUCAACCCGCUAGAUGAGGCGCAAUUAGAGAACUGGCGGAAGUAUCUCGACUUCGAGGAAGGAGAAGGAGAUUACAUACGAACGAAGUUUCUCUACGAGCGAUGUCUUGUGACAACUGCCAACUAUGACGAGUUCUGGUUUCGGUACGCCAGAUGGAUGCAGGGACAAGGUUCCGAAAAGGAGCAGGAAGUGCGCACCAUCUACCAACGUGCAAGCUGUUUCUUCGUCCCAAUCUCUCAACCUGCCAUACGGAUCCAGUACUCUAUGUAUGAAGAGGCCGUCGGCAACCAGACAAUAGCAGCGGAUGUUCUUGAGGCGGUUCUCAUGGUACUUCCCAGCCACUUCGAGGCCAUCAUUGCGCUAGCAAACCUGCAACGGCGGCAGCAUGGCCAUGAGGCGGCGCUUGGCGUGCUGCAACGGUACCGAGACAGCUACGAGACUACCAUGUACGUAAAAGGCGCACUUGUGGGCGAGUCAGCACGCCUUGUGGCAGAUUGCAAAGGCCAAGUGGAGGAAGCACGCAAGAUCUUCCGCACCCAAUCUGCUGGCCUCCAGGACUGCAGUAUCUUUUGGAUGAAGUGGUUCUUCUUCGAAGUCGGCCAGCCCAUACGAAACGAGGAGCAACAGGCGCAGCACUACCAACGGGUCAAGGGCGUGUAUGAUGCUAUGCGCGAGAGCUCACAACUUGCGAGAUCUACCAUGAAGGAAAUCACCGGCUAUUAUCUAGCCUAUCUUUGCGAGCGAGGCCCAACCGAUGCCAUGAAGGAGCUCAUAGAGGUCGAUCGGCAGGUGAACGGCCCACCCACCGUGCAGCAAGGCAUGGAGAGGUUCAUUGAUGACGGUAAAAUGGGGGAUACGGCAUCGUUGUCGAACGGCCUUGCUGGCGCCCCGAUGCAGGUCGGCAUGGGAAUGCAAGGCGGCGGCGUGCACGGGAUGUCCUAAAGGCUCAUCCAGUGAAAGUGUGGAGCACAGCUUCCUGGCUCGUAAUGUACAUCAGAUGCUGUGGUGGGCCUAGACAUCCCACAGCUCCUGAGCAUCCGCGAGCGAAGUGGAAGUGGCUGGCAUUUACAGCGUUUCAGCCAGUGUACAAAUUGGAAGGGCGACAAGCGCUGCUCCGGCUGUUGCUUUCGUGGGGCCGGAAGGCCAAGGUGACUGCAGCUUCGUCCGUAUGGCUGUGAAUAAGGUAGCAGGUCGGUUCAACCAAU